ACACUUAACAAUUGUAAUUCAUGGAUGAAAGUGAAAAACUAACGACAACUCAUUGAAAUUGUUUAUGAAAUUUUUCAUUUAAAACGAAUAUUGGAGUAUAGCCUUGUGUUUUCUCUUCGUUAUUCUUAAUUACGAACGUCGAUACAAUGUAAAUAGAUGUAAUUUCCUUUAUUUUAUCUAUAUUCUAAAAAAGAUCAAAUUGAUUUUAAUUUAUUAAACAUUUUUAAAACGGUUAAUUUAAAAACUGUGAAGAGAGAAUUUUUGAAUAAAUUAAUAAACUUAAAGUUAAUUUUAAUUGGUAAUCAAAAUAUUAUUAUUAGUUUUAAGAGGUCAAUAUCUUCUUUAUGUUUAGUUUUUUAUUAUGGGAUAAAAGUAUCAGCUCAAUGUAACUUUUAUAUAUAUAUAUAUAUUUACAUAUAUAGAAGACAUGCCUAGCUUAUGUGUAAAGUUGGGGGCAGUAGCUUUCAGCAAUUAGGGGUACCGAUAGGGGUCGCUUCUAGGUUGAAAUAUCGUUAAACACGCCCCAAGCUGUCGCAGAGUUUUUCCAAAUUAUAAAUAUCUCAUUUAUGCUAAUAUAAACCAUUUAAGAUAAAGUAGGAUUUAUAAAAGGAUGCUAUUAGUUAUAUUGUAUUGACCAGCUGAAAAAGAACCAUAAGGAGAAUGUUUUUCUGCAAUAAUACAGCUACUGACGGAAGCCGGAGAUUGUGCAAGUUUGAUAUCUAUAGUUUUUUAGUCCAUUUAGUGUUUAGUGGUAUAUUUCUGCUUGGAACAUGUUACUUGAUCUGGAAAAAUUGGAAUAAACGACUUGGUGAAGCGUGGCGGCCAUUCUCCCACACUUCCCGCUAUAUAUGUACCAUUGCUUUGAUAUAUAUUCAUGUUUUGGAAUUGGUUGAGGGAAUAAUAGCCGAUUUAGAAUUUCCUGGACGUCAGACACAUUUGCACUUGACGACGUCUUUAUCGAUUGUUUCGGUCAUUUUGUCUCUUAUUUACUACAAUCAAAUAGAGGUGAACAGAGCUAGAGGUUUCCUCUUUUUUUUGCUAUGCUAUUGGCCGACAACUAGUGCGCUAAAUACAUUGCGAGCCAUAGAAUUAUUGAAGUUAAAUCUCACUGUUAAAAAUGUGAGGUGCUGUCUAGUUUUUGCGUCAACCUUAUUACGAUAUUAUGCUGGAAUCUGGGAGGUUUAUCUCUUUAUACGGGAGAAAUACAUCUGUUGUAGAUUUAAAAGGGAAAAAUCAUUUUUCGAUAAGAUAAAAGGUCACGAACAUUAUCAUGCAAACUUUUUGUCAAGGUUAACGUGGAAUUGGAUAACACCUUUACUAGCUGGAGGUUUUAGCAAGAAAUUAAAUCUAGAAGAUCUUGGUCAAUUUUAUCCCACCGAACAAUCUGAAUCAAAUUCUCAAAGAAUGAAUGAAGAAAUGAUGAAACAAAGUUACAAAAAUGGCGGCAAAAUUAAUUUAUGGAAAUUGAUAAUUAAAUGCCAUGGAAAAUAUUUUGCAUUGAGUGGUUUAUGCAAACUGAUUGCUGAUAUGUUAUUAUUCUUUGGCCCAUUUGUACUAAAUAGAGUCGUUAUUCAUGCUGGAUUGUAUUCUGAAAAUAAAAAUUUCUUGGGAAAUUAUUCAAUGUCCUAUCCAAUUUCUUUCCAUAGAAAUUAUAGCAAUGAAUACAAUACUACCGAAGACUUUAUUACUAAUUACAUUCCACCUCAAAAACCUGUUUAUCCUACUUGGGAUUUAUUGAUGCAAAAUGGAUUUUUUCUUGCUGUUCUUGCCCUUGGAGUACAACUUAUUCAAAAUAUUUUAUGGCAAAAUCAUUUUUUCCUUGCUAUCCGAGAAGGUAUUCGCUGUAAAGGCUCCUUACAAGGUCUUAUUUAUCAAAAGAGUUUGAGGUUAACUUUAUUUUCACUAAAUGACGAUGAAUUCAGCGGAAAAAUCCUCAAUCACAUGUCGCUUGAUGCUUAUCAUAUGUAUUUCUUGUUCUAUCUUGGUAACUGCUCGUGGACAGUUCCAAUUCAAGUUGGUGUUACAAUUUUCUUAUUAUAUCAACAAUUGGGUGUUUCCGCUAUCAUUGGAGCUAUUUUCCUUAUUUUAAUUCUCCCUCUACAAAUAACUGUUGGAGGUGUGAUGUCGAAAUUCCAAAAGAAGGCCAUGCGCUACACUGAUAAACGUAUUAAACAAUGUAACGAACUACUACAAAGCAUUAAAUUACUGAAACUUUAUGCAUGGGAGUUGGUUUUUAGGGAUAAAUUAGAAGUCACGAGAAUGAAGGAAUUAAGAAUGAUGCUGAAAGCAGCGUGUAUGAGAGCUAUUUCACUUGUUCUUACAGAGAGUGCACCAAUAUUAGCUAUUAUGGUAACAUUUCUUCUCUACUCUCAAAUGUCUGGAGAAUAUCUGACUGCUAAUAAAGUAUUCUCAGGUGUGGCUCUGUUCAAUUUACUUCUUAUACCGUUGGUUGUAGUGACAAUGAUUGUUGGAGCAAUAAGUCAUGCAAAAGUUAGUUGUAGAAGAAUUAACGAUUUUCUUGAAAUGAACGAAGUUGAAAAGGCAAUGACAUCCUUCUCUAAUGCUGAUCAUCAAGCAACGGCUGUACAAGUUGCAGAUGGUAAUUUCAGCUGGAAAGUAUCAGUGGAAGAUGACAACGAGGAAAUUGAAAAGCAUUUGAGUGAUAUCAACCUGUCGAUACCGGAAGGAAGUUUGACUAUUGUUGCUGGUCCAAUAGGAAGUGGAAAAUCAUCACUACUAUCAGCCAUCCUAGGAGAAAUGACUACAAUUUCUGGAUCAGUUAAAUGGCAAAAAGGAGCUAAGGUGGCCUAUGGAUCGCAAAGAGCUUGGUUAAUGAAUGCCACUUUAAAGGAUAAUAUCGUGUUUGGUUCUCCUUACGAUGAUUAUAAGUAUCGGAAAGUUAUUGAGUGCUCUGCCUUGAAACAGGAUAUUGAUAUAUUACCUGCAGGAGAUCAAACUGAAAUUGGUGAAAGAGGUAUAAACUUGAGUGGAGGGCAAAAACAACGAAUCAGUAUUGCCAGAACUUUAUAUUCAAACUCUGAUAUAAUUCUCUUUGAUGAUCCUAUGUCGGCAUUGGAUGUUCAUGUUGGAAGGCAUAUAUUUGACGAAGCGAUUUAUAAAUAUCUUAUAAAGGAAUUGGGUCGAACUGUUAUUCUGAUUACUCAUCAAAUGCAAUAUCUACCGAAGGCGGAUAACAUUAUUGGUAUGAGUAAAGGAAAAAUUAUUGCUAAGGGAACUUAUGAGGAUUUGAGUGAAAACCACCCAGAAUUGAUUGCAUCAUGGGAAAAAGGAUCGUCUGAAAAAGAAGAAAAAAAGUCUCUCGAAAAACGUCGUUCAUUAACAGGUUCCGAAACCGAUCUAGUUUGGAGCAGUAAAUUCGCCCAGAGUAUUUCUCGCUCAGGAAGUAUUGCUACUCUUCAUUUAGUUGGAAAUGAUCUUGAUAAUUCGGAGGACGUUGAAACAACACGAAAACAGAAGACUAUUAUUGAUGAGAAAAAAACUGAUGAUGAAGCUGGAAAAUUGAUUAAUGAAGAAGAGAGAGAAGAAGGAGCAGUAUCUCUAAAUGUUUAUAAACAAUUCUUUUUAGCUGCUGGCAUUCCUGCAUCAAUUGGAACAUUCAUGGCUUACUUUAUUAGGCAAGCCCUAAGAAUUGGUUCUGAUUAUUGGUUGGCUCAUUGGACGGAAGCAUCGAAAGAAGUUCCUCAUCUUCAUAAUAUAACUUUAGACGAAUAUCAUCAUAAAUCUGUCUCAAAUCUGAUGUUGGUUUAUGGUUUGAUAUGCUCUGGAUUUGUUCUUUUCUGUAUGGUCUGUGGAUUUACUAUUGAAUUUUCAUGCUUGAAAGCUGCUAAAUUUCUACAUUCGUCUAUGCUUUGGAGAAUUGUUGAUGCUCCCAUGCGUUUCUUCGAUACAACACCUUUGGGCAGAAUCGUAAACAGGUUUACAGGUGAUACAAUGGUUGUUGAUGAACGACUUGCGCAAAUUUUGGAUGCCUUUCUUUACUGUACUUUCUUUUCAAUUGGUGGUCUGGUAGUUAUCGCUUCUUCAAGUUUUUACUUUCUGAUAGCCGUCGUACCGCUUGCCGCUGUAUAUAUAGCUGUCCAACGUUUUUAUAUUGCAUCUUGCCGAGAUUUACAGAGACUUGAUAGUCUUAGUAAAUCUCCCGUAUUAUCCCACUUCAGUGAAACUAUCGGUGGCCUAGCUACUAUUAGGGCAUAUGAUAGACAAGAAGCGUUUUUGGAAAAGAAUUUCGAAGUAGUUGACAAUAAUAACAAAGCAUUCCUUAACUUACAAACUGCAAUUUUAUGGAUGGGAAUCAGAUUGGACUUUGUCGGAUCAUUCACUGUAUUUGCAGCAACUGUAUGUAGUUUGGUUUCAGCUUUAAAUGGAGGAAUUACGGAAGGUGUCGUUGGUUUAUGUAUAACGUAUUCUUUGAUGAUUUCUGCAAACUUGAAUUGGAUGAUGAAAGCGAUGUCAGAAACUGAAAUGUAUUUCAACGCGGUCGAAAGAAUUUGUCAUUACACAACAAUUAAAAAUGAAAAUUUUGAAGAUGGAGAAGCUCCAAGAGAUUCUUGGCCAGAAAAGGGUGUCAUUGCUCUGAACGAUUUAUCUCUAAGAUAUGAUGAGAGUCUAAACAACGUUGUAAAGAGUCUUAAUCUGAACAUUAGCGGCGGAGAUAAGGUUGGAAUUUGUGGUAGAACUGGCAGUGGAAAAUCUUCACUUAUGUUGGGACUAUUCCGAUUGAUAGAUACAUCAAAUGGAAAAACAGAAAUCGAUGGACUUGAUAUCAGCAGAGUUCCAUUAAGACAAUUAAGAUCUAGACUAGCUAUUAUUCCACAAGACCCUGUAUUGUUCGCAGGUACAGUGAGGUUUAAUCUAGAUCCAGCCCACAAGUAUACAGAUCAGGCUAUUUGGAAGGCUUUGGAAAUUUCUCAAUUAUCACCAACUAUUCAAAAAGAAGGUCAAGGCUUAGAAUUAGCUGUUUCAGAAGGAGGCGAAAAUUUCAGUUUAGGUCAACGACAGUUAUUCUGUUUGGCUCGGGCUUUAUUACGUAAUUCUAACAUCUUAAUUAUGGAUGAAGCUACUGCAUCAGUUGAUAUGGUUACAGAUAGAAUUGUUCAAGAAGUUAUCAAGCAUCAUUUCAAAGAUAGGACAGUUUUAACAAUCGCCCAUAGAGUGGCAUCAAUUCUAAACUAUGAUACCAUAGUCGUUUUACAAAACGGCGAUGUUAUUGAGACUGGUUCACCCGAUGAUUUAAAAACUAGGGAAGGAGGCAUCUUUGCAGGCAUGAUCCGAGAUAAUCUGUAA